AUGAGCCUUACCAGAAUUUUCGUUAUUGGCGGCACGGGAGCGCAGGGCCGGGCGGUUAUAGAAGGUUUAACGGGCGAGGGCAAGUACCAAUGCUGCGUCCUCACAAGAGUGCUCGACAGUGAGCCUGCCAAAUACCUAGCUACGCUUCCCGGCGUGGAGCUCGUCAAGGGAUCGUUUACCGAUGAGAGAUUACUACGCAGCCUCUACAGUACGUGCGACGGUGCUUUCGUUAACAUCGAUGGCUUCAAUGUGGGCGAAAAGGGAGAGACCUUUUGGGCUAUUCGAGCUUUUGAACUUGCCCUCGAAUCCAAAACCAUCAAGUUUUUUGUCUACGGGAACUUGGAUUAUACGUACAAGAAGUCGGGAUACCGACCUGAGUUUCGCACUGGCCACUACGAUGGCAAGGGCAGGGUGGGAGACUGGAUUCUCUCUCACAGCCCCAGUCUAAAGAUGUUCAACUCGCAGGAUAACAUGAAGAUUGCGCUCUUCACCACCGGACCCUACAUCGACAUGAUGCUCUCGCCGGGCACUGUGAUCACACCUAAUAUUGAAACGGACGAGGCUGGAGAAGCCGUUGUCACAUGGAGAGCGCCGCUUGGCGACGGUGCCUGUCCACACGUCGCCCUGGACGAUUGCGGGCACUACGUGCUGUGGCUGUUUGACAACUACAACGAAGCUGACGGAAUGAAUCUCGAAACGUCCAUAUCCCACAUCCGGUAUGAGGAGUUUGCCACAGCAUUCAACAAGGUGACGGGCAAGAAGGCCCGCUUCGUCGACGUCGAUUUGGAUACGUGGUGGAAGGAGGGCCCAUUCAAGCAUCGUCAAGAAAAUGCCGCGGGCUAUGGCACCGAUGUCUCUGAUCCCGCAACCAUGACCAUGAAGCAGAAUUUUGACGGCUACUGGACGACCUGGCGGCACUCGGGGGGGAACAUUGGUGUUGUUCAGCGCGACUAUGCACUGCUAGACAGAAUCCACCCCCAUCGCAUCCGUACCGUGGAGGAAUGGUUCACGUUGCAGGACCACAAGAGCCGAGAAGCAGGGACAGGCUCGUUGUGGGAGCGUAUCCAGCCAGCGGCGUUGAAGCCUCUUCUCAAGAUCCAGGCGGACCAGUGGAAAAGCCCUGUCUAA